AUGACAGUGCUUAACUCACUCAACCCGAAUGCCUUCCUCCGCGGCUUUCAACUGACCUUCCUCGGAACCUACCGCGCCAUCCAAAACCCCUCCCUCUUCACAACCGAACACUACCGCCUCGCCUUCCGCUUCUUCAUCCUCGGCCUCGCUCUCUACAUCCUCAUCGAGAUCCCCAUUCUCGGUCUCCGAAACUUCGUAUGGCUCACUUCCUGGUUCGUCGAUCUCGAUAAAUACGGCUGGGAUGAAUCAUUGUUGAGCUGGCUGGGAUUCGUGGAGAAGGAGGUGUUGCAGGUAGGGUUCGAGGCAAUGAUGGUAUGGAAGUACGUUGAUCCGGCCCCGACGGAUGAGUUAUUCAUGACUUCCUUGAAAUGGGUGGACAAAACCUACACCACAAAACACUCCAACGAAGACCCCAACACCCUCCGUCCUCCUUACCACACCUCACUUACCCUCUACCCCCCACGCACCCAACGAACCCGCACCCACCUCCUCACCUUCCUCCAACGCCGCGCAAAACGCAUGGCAAUCGGACUCGCCGUAUUCUCCGCCGCACAAACACCCUUGAUCGGCUCGUACGCGGUCCCACUCGCGACCAUCUACGGCCUCCACCGCACCCUCGGUCCCGCCCGCGCCGGAAUCUUCGCGGGCGUGUUGUGGUGUUUACCGAAGAGUUAUGCAGUAAUCGCCUACCAAGGCUACUUUGCCUCCCGAAUCCUCGUGAAUGACCUACUCAGCCCGUAUUUUACCCGAAUCCCCUUCACAGCCGCUCAAAAACGGAAGUGGUUCCGUGAGCGGGAGGGAGUGUUGGCGGGAUUUGGGGUGGGGUGGUAUCUCCUUACUCGUAUUCCCGUAUGGGGUGUACUGUUCCUCGGACUCGCAGAAGGAUCUGCGGCGUUUUUGCUGACGAAAGUCACUGAUGCCCCGCCUAUGCCACAUGUUGCCCCGGGGAAGGAAGUGGGAGAUGUACCGAUGGAGGGAGAAAAGAGGGUUGAGACGGAUGAGAGGGUCCGGGAGUAUUGUGAAAGGGAGGUGGGGUGGAGGAAUCGGAAGAAGUUCUUGGGGCUGGGGUUGGGCGAUCUGCUUAAAGGGGAUUUAGGGAUGGAGAAGACUGCAAAGGCCGAGUGA